AUGUCGCCACGAAAUCCGCCUGCGCAGCGGGAGAGCAUGCGAUCUAGCGAGGUGCAGAUCCUCCAGGACGGGUCCUAUUUUGGUAACACUAUCGCGACGGAUCAAGCAAUAGUCUGCCAGGGCAACCUCUUUGAAACUCCAUGCUCACACCACCAAGGCUACUCAGUGGCGACUCGACAUGAUUUUACUGGCCAAUUUGCGUAUGCUGCGCUCAAGCCUGUCGAGGCGUUCGUCCCACGAAGCAGCCUGCACGACCAGAUACACACGCAGCUUGCACGCGCUGCUACAGACAACAGCACUAAGACGCUCGUGGUGUGGGGACUAGGCGGGGCAGGCAAGACGCAACUGGUGCUAGACUACUGCGUGCGAAAGUAUUAUCGCGCGGAGUAUAAGGCAACAUUCUGGAUCGAGGCCGGGCGCAAGGGGUCGCUGGAGCGCGACUUUGUGUGCCUGCACCAGACGCUGUUUGGGCUGCACACAUUUGCUGGAGCAAAUUCGGCGACGACGGUCAGUGCAGAGAAUGCCGUGACUGGAGUGAAGACCUGGUUUGCGGGUCAGCAAGAGCGGUUACUAAUGGUGUUUGACGGCGCCGAUACAAUUGAGGACGCAGAGGCAGAUGGUUACAUCGACAUCCAGCACUUCAUCCCUAGCGCACCAUUUCUCGACGUCAUCAUUACAACUCGCAGCAGUAUGGCGAGCGGCAGGGGGGUGCAGGUGAGCGAGAUGGAGGCGGAACAGGCAGUUAAGCUAUUUCAGAAGUAUGCUCGCCUACCACGCCUCGAUGAGACUGCUAGAGGUGAGGUGAUGCGUAUUGUUGCAGAACUUGGGUGUCUGGCAUUGGCUGUCACGCUUGCUGCCACAUAUGUGGGAUUAACGCCGCGGCUACAGAGCGACAUCACCGAGUACCUACCUGAGUACCUGCAGCGACGACAGGAAUUGCUUGAAAGAAAGCCGAGCCUGGUGCACCAAUACAGCGCGAGCGUGCUGACGACGUGGGAGACGUCAUACGCUGCCGUUGCCAGCAAGUGUAUCGGGGCGGAGGUUCUGAUGGCAAUGCUAUCAUUCCUGAGUUUCGAUGACAUAUACCCCGAGCUGUUCUGUCCCGAGACUGAGGAGGGUAGUGUGAAACAAACAGAUGAGACUGGCGUAAACUGGAGACGCCUGGUCUCUCCGCAGCAGCCAGUAACCAAGUACAUGAUCGAAGAUUGUUUUAAAGAGCUAGAGAAGUACUCACUCGUGCAGCGGAAAGCUAAGCAUGAGGCCUAUGUGAUGCACAAGCUAGUGCAUGCUUGGGGAUACGGGCGGCUCGCAACAGAAGAGCAGGUCGAGUACAGUCAGGCAGCGUAUGGGCUUGUCAUGGAGGCGAUAGAGGGUUGUGGUUGUGCACCAGACAACAAGCUUCGUCUGGUGCCGCAUGUGAUGGCCUAUCUUGCCAUUUUACUAAAACAGAAAGGACAUAUCGACAAGAAAGCAGAGAUGCGGAAGAAAGUGAUAAAGAAGUUGACGGAGAUCUUAGGCCAAGAGAAUCCUCACACAAUUCGGGCUAUAGAAAGCUUUGCCAAGACGCGUAAGGUACAAGAAGACUUAGAAGAGGAGGUGGAGAUACAGAAGGAGAUGCUAAAGAUAUACAAGCGUAACUAUGGUAAAACCCAUCCUAACACAAUUGGGACGAUGUAUCACCUUACUCGCCUACUUAGACGGCAAGAACACCUAGAAAAGGAGGCGGAGAGGCAGAAGAAGGUGCUAGAGCAGCAGACGCAGAACUCAGGCAAAAACCAUCCUUGCAUGAUUAUAGCGAUACAUAACCUUGCUGCUACACUUAGCGAUCAAGGAUGCCUAGAAGAGGCGGCGGGUAUCCAGAAGUUGGUGCUAGAGAAGUAUAUGCAGAUGUUAGGCAAAGACCAUCCUACUACUAUUGUGGCGAGAAAAAACCUCGACAUCACGCUCAACCGGCAGAAAUCAAAAAGGUAA